AUGAUUUUGUUCGGCUGUGGCCUUAAUAGUUCCGUUAUUCUUACCAGCCUCGACUACAACAAAUACACGGGUAAGCUGCUUUCCUACCUAGAGCCAGUCCUCCUGAGUUCAGAGUGGAGCAGGUUUGUGAAGUGUUGGCACGCUAAGACAGAAGGCUGGGCGGCAUCGACAUUCCACAGCAACUGUGAUGGGAGGGGACCCACAGUAACAAUCAUCAAAGCGAACGAUUCCAUAUUUGGUGGAUAUACUGAUGUGUCCUGGGGACCAAGCGGUUCAUGUCGUAACUCCUAUGCUCGGAAAGCUUUUCUCUUCUCCCUCAACAACAUCAAAGGAUACAAUCCUGUGAAGCUGACACAAUACCGAAAACAGCAAUACGCAAUGUGCAGUUGUUCCUCUUACGGACCCAUUUUUGGUUGGGGACGUGACAUCCUCAUAUAUAACGACGCUGUAAACAAUCAACGCUCUUAUACUAAAUGCGGUGGGACGUACAAAAACCCCACGGGUUAUUCAUCUGGAGACUGUAAAUUUUUCACAGGAGCAUUUCGUUUUACUCCAUCCGACAUUGAAGUUUUCUUCGAAAUCGGUAAUUAUUGUACAGAAACACUUAAAACCCUGUCGUAA